GCGACAAAGAAGGGGCAGAUGGUAAUGAGUCCUUGUCAUCUGCCACAAAACGUCAACAAAUUAAGUGAGAUAUUUCUCUCAUUUUAAUCAUUACCUCUUCUUCUUCUUCUUCUUUAUUGCUCUCAUCAAAUACUCCCACAAGUAGUCCUUAAUUUGUUGAAACCAGAAGAAAAUGGGUGUACUUGACCAUAUUUCUGACAUGUUCGAUUGCUCCUCUGAGCACUCCAACCACAAAAGACGCAAGCAAUUACAGACAGUGGAGAUAAAAGUGAAGAUGGACUGUGAAGGUUGUGAGAGGAAAGUGCGAAGGUCUGUUGAGGGAAUGAAAGGAGUUUCGUCCGUGACAAUAGAGCCCAAACAGCACAAGCUUACAGUAGUGGGCUAUGUGGAUCCAGAGAAAGUUGUGGCUCGUGUGGCCCAUCGCACAGGUAAGAAGGCAGAGAUUUGGCCCUAUGUCCCAUACGACGUUGUUGCUCAUCCAUAUGCACAAGGUGUGUAUGAUAAGAAGGCUCCUGCUGGGUACGUGCGAAGAGAUGAUUUCCAAACUAACCAGCUCGCGCGUGCUAGUUCUACUGAAGUUCGCUAUACUACUGCCUUUAGCGAUGAAAAUCCUGCAGCCUGUGUAGUCAUGUGAACUCAAAUAUUGUUGCUACUAUGUUUACCUAAGUAUGAAAUCUUGUACCAUAGUACUCGUUAUUGUUAAAUUUGUAUUGGUUUUGUGGAGCUUGUACUUUAAGUUUUGAUCGUGGUGCUUUCUUCUGUUGAAGCUAAAGUUUUAUCUA